UAAUUACUGUCAAUUCGACUCAGUCAUAAAAUCACAAUUGAAUCAAAUCUAACAAUGUUCGAUUAUAUUCUUACGUCUUUGCUCUAGAUAUAUAUAAUAAUAUUGAUUGAUAUGUAAGAAAAGUCUAUAUACGUUAAGAUUUAUUAAUAAAUCAUCUAAAAUGAAUAACCAAGGCAGAAGUACUGCAAAGCGUAAGGUUAAGCCGGUGGAACCACAAUCCUUACUAGACUUCGAUCUUGGUGAAGGAGAAAGCUCGGACGAUUCGGACUUUCGAAUAGAAGAUCACCCAGAAGAAAGUGACGAUUAUUCUAUAAAUUCAGAUGAUGAUAAGAAAGGAGAUGCCAACAGUGCCAGUUCCGAAGAAGAAUCAGGAUCGGAUAUUGAAAACGAAUUUAAGAAUCCUGCACCAAAACUUGGUGAAGAGAUAUCUGUUACUGACCUUCUGGAGAAAGCCAAAAAACAUGAGUUUAAGUUUCCUGACUUAGCAAGCAUGCUAAUCUGUGCUGGUUGCUUGGGUUCAAGAAGCGACGAUUUUAAUGAGAUUGUAGAAUGUGAUGGCUGCGGGGUUACAGUUCAUGAAGGUUGUUACGGUGUUUCUGAUGUCACAAGUGAAUCCAGCACAGUCAGUUCUGCAUCAACUGAACCUUGGUUUUGUGAGGCGUGUAAAGCUGGUGUGACCGAUCCUAAUUGUGAGCUGUGCCCUAAUAAAGGUGGCAUAUUCAAGGAAACAGAAGUGGGUGCAUGGGUCCAUCUUGUUUGUGCUUUAUAUGUCCCUGGAGUUGCAUUUUCAGAGGUGGAACGUCUAUCAGGGGUGACUCUAUUCGAGAUGGCGUAUUCAAGAUGGGGCGCAAGAAGUUGUGCAUUGUGCGAGGACGCGACUAUGGCGCGUACGGGCGUGUGUGUGGGAUGCGACGCGGGCCUGUGCAAGACCUUCUUCCAUGUCACUUGUGGCCAACGCGAAGGUUUGUUGGCGGAAGCUCAUUCCGAGGAAGUUGAACAAGCAGAUCCUUUUUAUGCUCACUGUAGACUUCACUCUGAUAAGGCAUUGGUAAAGAAACGAAAAAGGAAUUGGCUCGCUCUACAGUUAAGAACAGAAAAAAGAAAAUUGGAACUAAUAAAUGAUCUAAGCGUGGAAGAGAAACUUCGAAUCGAAAGGAAACUCGAGAAGUACAGAAGAAAAUAUGCACAGCAAAAGGAAAACAGGAAUCCUCCGUGGGUACCUACGCAAAAAAUGGCUCGCAUGCUGUACAGCAGUGCAUCUGCCAUGAGGAAAUUCAUGAAGAAGGCGGAAUGUAUGGGUAUAGAUACUCAUGCAUUGGAAUUUCAGGAUGCUCAGAUGGCGGCACUAAAAGACGUAUCGCGUCGCUGGCACGUGCCUCCCGCGUUUUCUGUGGAGUUUGUGGGCUACUAUCUGGAGAGGAACACGAGGGUUACAUCUUUGAGGCGUUCAUUGGAAAGACUCACGAAGGAAAAUGAGAAAUUGCUGGCCGAAGAUGAAAAGCUUAGAGCUGAAUAUGACGAGUCACCCAAGCAGAAACAGGAGAGAACGCACAAAUCCGACAAGAUUAAAAACAACACAUCAUCCGAAAAUGUUUAUCCCAUAAAGGUCACUAUCAAACCGUUCGAAUUCAGUAGCGACGGCAACGAAAGUACUGAAGUCAAAAACAAAAAGGAUAAGAAGAAGAACUCGAAGAAGGAUCAUUCGUCGACAUCAGGCGCGGAAGGGGAGACUCCAAAGAAGAUACACAAGCGAAGUUUCACAUCACCAAUCCUAACGAACACACCGCUGAUGUCCAUAACGCCUAUCGUCGCAGACAGUCCAUACGAUUCGCAAAACGAGCACUCGAAUGAAUCCACAAACUUACCGCCUCCUAAAAAAGACAUGGCGUACACACAAAACCUGUCGUUUUCAGCGUUGCUCAAUGAUUCAAAGGAGAGGGACUCCAAAGCGAUCGAGAGCUCAAUAGAAAACACGUUGGCUAAUUUGUCGUCAGAUAUCGCGAAUUACAAAGCAAACAGGAAGAGGAGGAAGGAGAAGCACAGGUCGAGAUAUUCGCCCGAUCUCUUGCGCUCGCCAUCAAAGUCUCACAAACAUAAGCGGAAGAAGAAGACGCAAGAUAUGGAGAACCCAGAACCACCGCAUCCAAGAAUUACUAUAAAGAUUAAACCAAUCCCAAAGCCGGAUGGGUCACUCGACACGCAAAUGUUCUACGUACCUACAGACAGCAACGAUGGCCCGCCGCCCGCCGUUGUUAAGAAACACUCUAAGCAACCGGAACCGGAUAUCGCGAGCGUGCCCGUGACCCCCGCUGUCAUUCCGCCUGAUCCUUUAGCGACUACUUCUCGGUCGCGCGAGAGCCGGUCGCGGCGCGGCGGCGGCGGCGCGGCCGCCCCGCCCGCCGCGCCGACGCCGCUCACGCACUGCGACGUGUGCCGCCAGCCCGGCGACCACACCGACCUCGUCAGGUGUGACGAGUGUCAAAAACGUUAUCACUUCACGUGUCUGGAGCCGCCUUUGAAUAAAAACCCCAAGAAGCGCGGCUAUUCCUGGCAUUGCGCUGACUGCGACCCCACUGACAUGGAAGAUAAUAAUUGAGAAGAUGCGUGAUGAAGUUAAUAUUAAGAUUAAUUUAAAUAGUCAGAAUAUUAUAUAAAAUUGGUCUAUGAUUUUUUAUCACAGCUGCUUAAAAAUGUUUGAGUUAAGGCCGUUAUUUCAAACAAGUACAUUAUGUAUUUGAAUCUCGUAUUAUUAGCAGUGAAUCUUUCACAUUGAAUGGAUGGUUGUUUCAAAUGUCAUGCAUUUAAUCUUGAAAUAUAGAAUUGUGGAAAAAA